UAUCUAUGUGACAUCACCGGAAAUACAGGAAUAAUAAAAGAUUCAUUCAAGAAUUUCGAAGAUCCCAAGUAGUUUGAAUAUUCUUUUUGAUAUUAUGCAUAAUAUGAAUUAUAUAUCAUCGCCAGUCCUGACUGUCUAAGCGUGUGAAACCAAAGAAACAUGAAUCAGUCAUGGAAGAUGAGAAUAAUGAUGAAACAGAACAAAGUAAAAUGGUGCAUGCAGAUGCAGAUUGCAAAAGAAAUUCAUUGAUAUCUGGUAAACCAAAGCCUCCAUUACCAAAGAAACCACCAGUGGCAGUGAAACCUAAAGUACUGACAAAAGACAACAGUGAAGAUAAAGGCACAUCAAAGGGCCCACCUCCUUUGCCUAAAACACCUCCAAGGGGAUCAGGUAGCACUGCAGUCAAGAAUGCACUUCGUGUCAAAACAUCUCCAUCACCUGACAGGUCAUGUGACAUAAAAUUGUCCAAUCAUGUAACAGAAUCACUAUUAUCAUCCAAUCUCACAACUGGAACAUUAGAACAACCAGCAUCAUUAUUAACCAAUCAUGUAACAGAGUCAUAUACAGCAGCACUUUCUAGUCAGGUGGAGGGCGAUAAGUUGGAAAAUAUCCCUAUUUCAAAAAAUAUUUCUGAUCCAUAUCAACAAAGAAGUCAUACUCUGGAAAGAACCACUUGCGAACACACAAAAAGUCAAUCUUUUCUAGAUGAAUAUUCAAAUACACUCCCUAAAGGACCCCCUAGAGUUUCACCAAAGCCAAAAAAGAGACCACCUAGUGUAUUACCAAAACCAAGACUUUCAAAAAAUUUAUCAGAAUCGGACAUAAGUAUUAAUACUAGUUUUGAUGAUGGUCACUUAAAUAAUAACAAAUUGGAUACUUCUCAUUCAGAAACCAGUCAAAGAGAUACUUGCACCUGUGGUCAAACGUCAGCUAAUAAUGACCUUAAAGUGAAUGACAAAUCAGGAGACAUAACUCAUGUUAAAGAAAAUGACGAAUGUAAAAACUGUCUGGACACAAAAUUACAAAAUGGUCAUGCUAGACCUCCUCCUAUUUCAUUUGAUAUAAAACAAAAUGAUGCUAAUGAUAAUGUGAUUAGUUCAAAACUUGAAAAUGAACGUGUAUCUUACUGUGCUACUAUGAAUACAAGUAUAGAAGUAAACAAAAGUGAUGAUCUAAAAACUAUAGAAAACUUUAAAGUUAAACAAGAUGAUAAAAACCAUAAAAAGGGAUUAGAUAAUAUAUUAACAACUUCAAAGAUGUGUUCAUCUCUUGAAAAAGACUUAUCAGAAAGUAUAAAUGGAAAUACUGUUGCGACAAAUUUAUCAAUGAAAGACAAAGAUGAAGGAGUAGGCCAGAAUCUUCCUAAUAUUUCAGAACAACAUUCUCACAAGUUUUCUGAGAGCAAGGAAAAUUCGCCUGUUAAAACUGAAGAAAAAAGCAGAGAAAAUUCACCUUUGAGAACUAUUGAAAACAGCAGAGAAAAUUCACCCAUUAAAACUAAAGUAAAUAGCAGAGAAAACUCACCUUUUAGAAUUAAUAAAAACAGCAGAGAAAAUUCACCUAUUAAGAGUAAAGUUAGCAGCAGAGAAAACUCACCUUUUAGAAGUAAAGAAAACCAUAGAGAAAAUUCACCUUCUGAAAGUAAAGAAAACAGUCCUGUUGUAUAUAGGAGAAUUCACAACAAGGAAAGACUUCCUAUAGACACUGACCUACAAAGAACUCCAGCAAAAAGACUUUCUGUGCCCUCACCUGCUCCUAGAAAACCUUCGCCAAAGCCUCGCCCAACUCCUCGAAAAAGGUUGUCAAUAUCAAAGUGUUGUGAUCAAACUGAAGCAGUGACUGAAUACACUGACUGUAUCAGUGCGACAACAAACACUCCAGUUAGUGAAUUGACUAGUCAUGUUUCAGGAUACGAUAGAAAUACUGAAAUGUUAUCUGCAUCUGUAACUAAAGAUUUAAUAAGUGAGCAUUCAGAAAUCUCGAAAUUUGAAGAAAAAGAGAAAUUUCCCAAGCUUUCACCUAGAUCUAUCAAUACUGAACACCUGCUUGCGUUGAAUAGUGUAUCUCCUAGUGAUGACAAUUCUAUGAGUAAUAUUUCUAGUAUAGAAAAUUAUGAUAAAUCAGAAGGCAACAAGACAAAUCAAUUUUCAAAUCAAAAAUUUGCUGGUCAUAAUCGCAUACAACCAGAUGAAUCACAACGAAAAAUGGAUUUUUCACCAAUGACAGAAGAGGCUUUGGGAGAAACAUCUUCAUUACUGGAUGAAAUUGAACAGAUUGUUUCUAGGAGGAUAACUGCUUUAGGAGGACUUUCUACAGAUUUUUCAUUAAAAAAGGCUCAUUCUAUAGAAACAUCCACUCCUGUGCGACCUCCAAGAAGGAAACAAAAAAAUCGUAAAAAAGUUUUAGAUCAGUUUAGUGAAUCGUGUGCAAGUGACACAGACUCAUUAAUUGGUGAUGCUUCCUUUAAAGGUUCAUUUUCUUCGUUAAAUUAUUUAGAUGAUGAUGAUCAAUCAUUCAAAGGUUCCAAUUCAUCAUUAGCAUCAAAUCAAAGUGAAUCAGGAUCUCGGAAACCUUGCCCGCCAAAACCACCUCGUAAAAAACUGCUGAAGUUAAAUAGGAGUCAGUCAGAUGUUAGUGCUUCUAAGUUUCUUGAAAGAAAUAAGGAAAAUGUUCAUCAAAAGGAAACAAAGGAAGAAAAACAAAACAAAAAUGAUGGAAAUUCACCAAACUUGCCCUCAAGAAAAGGCAGGAGUCUCACAGUUGACUUUCAUGUUCCAGCCAAUCAGGAAGCUCUGUUGAGAGAAAUUGAAUUAGCCAAUCAGAGAAAUGAGAAAAUCAAUUCAUCAAAUUCUGAUGGACAAAAAACAAAACCAAGGAGAAAAGCUCCUCCUCCACCUCCUCCUUUAGCCAAGGUCACUGGACCUCAUUCUGAUGAACUGAUACGGGAGGCUGUGUAUGAUGACAUUGAUGAAAAUAAAUCAAGAACAUUGUCUGUUAGUGAUAAGGAUUAUGUGGAAAUACCAGAAGAAUUUUUGGAUCAAUCUAAUGAAAACAACAUUUUUCAAAGGUCAAACAAAUCUGCUUCACCUCCUGAGCUACCGCCAAGGAAUUUAAAUCAAGGAACACCUAUCAACUCUCCACAACUUUCAACCAAAUCAUUUAAUCCUAUGCAGAGCUAUGGGAGAGACAGACCAAUGAGUGAUAUAAGUGUCAACAGUAGUUUGUCUAGUCAGGAGAGUCCCUUACAGGAUGAACUGUCUAGUUCUGAUUCAGAAGGGGAAGAAGGAGAAGACAGGGUUGCUAGAAAGAGGGCAAAGAAGAUAUUGUGUAUUGCUAAGGAGAUUGCAUCAUCAGAACAUGUAUUUGUUGAAGUUCUUAAACUGCUUAAUGUGGAUUUUCGUAUGCACAUUUCCCGAGGUACAGAGAAAGCUGGUAGACCUAUUAUUCCAUCAGAAGUAUUAAAUAGGAUACUCAAGUACCUACCACAGUUACAGAACUUUAAUGAAGAUCUACUACAUGACUUACAGGAGAGAGUCAAUAACUGGGAGAAUUGUAAGAAAGUAGCUGAUAUUUUUGUGAAGAAGGGACCAUUUUUGAAGAUGUAUACAGCAUAUAUCACUGACUUUGAAGAAACUAACAGAGUUUUUGAUGAUGCUAUUAAGAAGAUUCCAACAUUUCAACAAGUGGUCAAGGAAUUUGAGAUGUCUCCAAGAUGUGCUAGUUUGGGAGUGAGGCAUUAUUUACUAAAACCAAUACAGAGAAUCCCACAGUAUAAGCUUUUGUUACAAGAUUAUCUAAAACAUCUAUCACCAGAAUCAGAAGACUAUGAAAACACAAAAAUUGCAUUGCAUAUUGUGAGUGAAGUUGCUGACCAUGCUAACAGCAGUAUGAGACAAGGGGACCAAGUACAAAAAAUGUUAGAAAUACAGAAAAGUUUAGAGGGACAGUUUGAAGUAAUCAAGCCUGGAAGGGAUUUGAUAAAGAAAGGAGAACUCAUGAAAUUGUCCAGAAAAGAAAUGCAACCAAGGAUGUUCUUUUUGUUUAAUGAUGUGCUGUUAUACACUACACCAACACCGACUGGGGGAUACAGACUGAACAAUGUAUUAACAUUGAGUGGUAUGAAGAUAACUUUACCAGCCUCAAAAGAAUAUAAUACAGAAUUUAACAUUGUCACAGUACAAAGAUCAUUUACAGUAGAAGCCAGUUCUGAAAAAGAUAGAGAUGAAUGGGUAACAUCCUUGAAGAAUACCAUAGAUGAUUACACUCAGAGGAAAAAUACCUUUGAAACUGUCAGAGCUGGUAACCAGAUGGAACAAAUAUAUGAAUCUUUUUAUGACAAAGAUUUUGUUCUUGGUUCCAAGGCACCAAUAUGGAUACCCGAUGCUCGUGUAACAAUGUGUAUGUUAUGUACAUGUGAGUUCUCUGUCGCAUGGAGAAGACAUCAUUGUCGAUCUUGUGGAAGAGUGAUUUGCUCAACUUGCUCAGAUAACAGAGCCCCAUUAGAAUACCUAAGAAACAAACCAGCUAGAGUUUGUAAUGAGUGCUUCCACACACUUAAAACAGAUUUUCAAGACAAGGUAGAGACUGGGAAUGUAACUGAAGGUAUGAGAGAGGACAUAGAUGGAUCAGUAUUGAGUCUCAGCAGUAUAAAGGAAAGAUUUCAACAAAUCAGGAGAAGUGCAAGAUUUUCUACUAAAGUCAAAAGACCAAAAAGAUUGAUUGAGGUUCAUGCAAACAAUCUGGACUGUAGUAUGAGUGGAUACCUGAAAGUUCUGAAAGGAAAGAAAUGGAAAAAAUUUUGGUUCUUACUAAAAGAUAAAGUGUUGUAUAAAUUUAAGGCUAGUGAGGAUGUAGCUGCCAAAGAAUCAAUGGCUGUUAUUGGUUAUGAAGUUAUUAAAGUUUCGGAGAAUUUUGAAGGUGUUGCAGCCAAUCUUGUAUUCCAAUUAAGCCAUAAGAAUCAGUCGCCAUUUGUGUUCCAAACAGAUAAUGCAUCUUCUACAGACAGAUGGAUAAAAGCAAUGGAAGAAGCAGUUCAAGGUUAAAGAGUUAUCUCCCAUGGUGAAAAGAUUGUUAAAUCUCAUACGAAAUAUCAAGUUUUUGACCAUCUCAUUUGCCCCUGUCAUAAUUUAUUUUUGUAUUUAUUUAUUAUGUCUAUACAUUAAAGGUGCCAUACAUUUUUAAAUGAAAAUCGUAGUUUUAUAGAUAUUUGGCUUUAUUUUAAAAUAUUAUUUACUGUAGUGUUACAUCCUGGUUUUUUCUUUUCUUUUCUUUGAUUUAACUACUUUCAGUAAGAAUUAUACCUUAAGAAUAAUACCUUAAGAAUUAUACCUUCUAAUAAACACAAGACACAAGUUAGUUGAACUUGUUUGCUUUCUGUUUGUAGUAGUUAUUUUGUAGUUUAAUACAAGGCAUUAAUGCCUUCUACAUUUUCUAUCAGAAUGAGUCAACCCCCCUCAAAGACUCUGUUAUGUUAAUAUAAAUGUUAUUUUCUUUUGUUACUAUAUUUAUAAACAAUGGUUGUAUUAUUGUUUUAGUAGCCCUAUAAUUGGGUUUACUGUUAAUGUGCAAUUUGAUUAAGUUUUUAUCACUUAAAUGUGAUUUUGUUAUACAUAUUAUUACUUACAUACUUUAUCCUGUAUUGAAUCAACAUUCAGAGAUUAAAUUAGAUAUAGAAUGGAAUUACAAGAUACACAUUAUUAUGAAUUAUAGCCACUUAUCAUUUAUUACUAAAUGAGUUUUGAAUUGGUAUAUUAUAAUAAACAAUGCAAUACACGAGGUUUUAUUCGAGGAUUUGUAUAAUUAUAAAUAACUCAUUAUUGGAAAUAAUAUUUAAAUUUACAAUUAAUUAGAUACUGUGAAAAUAUAUAUAUUCAUUAGACACAGUUUAUUUUUUUCUGGAUAAAGUGCAUAUUUUUUUUGCUCCUUAAAAUUUACAAUUUAAACUGAUCACUAGUUAUACUGUAUUAUAAGUGAUUUUCAUAUCAAGAUUAUUUGUUAAGAAUUGCUAUUUAAUCAGCUGCUCUUACAUACUUGCAUUCAUCAUUUAAUUGAAAAUUUGUUGGUAAAGGGCGCUUUAUUUCACUGUUUUGAUGAGCAAUAGAAUCCAUGAAAAUUAGUCAUCUUUGAAUAAUAAUAUUUGCAUCAUACUAUAUUUGGCAGCAGAUAUCUAUUUAUAUAUAACUUCAUAUAAGAUAAAGAGAUAAUGACCAGCUUUAUAAAAAACUAUGUAUGGUUUUUAUCAAAAACCUAAAAAUUUCUAAAAAUGUAUAUUUUUAUAUUGUUUAUUGCAUUACAUCAAAACUUGGUUGUUGCCAUGGAUAUUUUAAAGACAUAAUCAAGAGUUGGUUGCAAACAUAUCCUGGUAAAUAUUUUUUUGAAUUUUCACAAUGCUGUCAAUAAAUCAUGCGUUACCUAUUGCUGAUAUGCGAGAAACAAAAUCAAUCAUGCAUUACCUAUUGCUGAUAUGUGAGAAACAGAUCAUUUUUUUUGGAGCAAGAAAAACAUCCUUGUUUGUCAUUUUAUACAAUGUACCAAAUGUUCAACAAUAUGAGGCAGUCUGUAUACGUCAACUAUCAUUUUUUCUAAAAAAAAAAUUCAAAAUGCUUUUUGUACAUCUCCACAUGAAGUUGUUUGUAUUUAUUGAUUCUGUCUGAUAGUUCUAUGUUACCUAUAUAUUUUGUAUCUGCAGGCCAGAUGCAUUAAAGGAUCUGUCUUUAUA